AUGUCUCAAUCUUCAGGGAAGAAUUAUAAGUGUUGGUGUGGCAUCCCAAUUGCUCGGCUCAAGUCAUGGACUCAUGAGAAUCCUGCACGAAGAUUUGAGGCCUGUAAAUUUUACAACCCAGAAACGAAUCAAAGGGGUUGCAAAUUUUUUCGUUGGGUUGAUGAAGAUAUGACCAACUGGCAACGCGACGCCAUUAAUCAACUGAUAACUGAGAAGCAACUUAUGAAAGCAGAAGUCAAUGUAUUGCAAACAAGAUUAUGUUGCUCAGAGACUGAGAAUAAGAGGUUGAAGGAGGAGUAUGACAAACUGAAAUUGAAGUUGAAGAAGUCAAAGAUGGGGCACAAUGAAAGCUUUGGAAUUAUGAUGUUGAUGUGUGUAGUUGUAUCUGUAAUUUUUAGUUGUAUCUGUAAAUUUUCGCAUUUCGCCCAAUCCCCAAUUCCAAUUCUUUCCAAAAAUUUCAAAAUUACCAAUCAAGAUGUCGAUAAACACAAAGAGAUACAGAUGAGGAGAGAAAGAUAA